AUGCCCUCCGAUCACCCCUCCUCCUUGUUCCUCAACAACAGCACCAACCAGCUUGAGGAUCGCCUCCAGGGGUUGAACCUGCCUUCCUCCGAAUCCAACUCUUCCCAAAGCCGCCACUACGAGGCCCUCAACCUUAUGGAGGACCAACCGACCAGCGAACUGCCGGCACCAGAAGUGAAGGACUUCAAAAAGAACUACAAAAGCCGCAAGUGCAUCUUCAGGUGCCGAGGAAAAGUCCUCGGCAAAGGCAGCUAUGGACGAACGCGCAUCGUCUACAAACGCCAAAGCGACGACAAGAACCCUUAUGUUGUCAAGGAGUUCUUCAAGCAUGCCGGCAUUAGCAAGAAGAAGCGGAAUGAGAUAAUCGACAAAGAAUACACCCUCACCCGAUGUGCUCGCCAUCCAAACGUCAUCAACGUUAUCGACCUUUGCAUCAGAAAGGACAACUUGAGCUAUGUCAUGGAGUACUGUAACCAGGGCGACCUCUGGGACAUCCUCGAGAAAAGGAGAUAUCCUGUCAAGGAUCAGUUAUGCCUCUUCAAGCAGCUCCUGCGUGGCGUUGCCAACCUGCACAGCCAGGGAAUCGCCCAUCUCGACAUCAAACCGGGCAACCUCCUCCUCGGUAACGACAGCGUUCUCCGACUCACCGAUUUUGGCUUCAGCGACAUCUUCAGAGACCCCAAGACCCAUCAGGUCUUACUGUGCCCUCCAGAUAAUAGUGGCCCCGGAACCGCGGGCUACGCGCCGCCUGAAGUCUUCCGCCAUGCAGACUACGACCCGUUCAAGGUCGAUGUCUGGAGCUGUGCCAUGGUGGCUCUGGAAAUAACCCGCCGCGUGCCAUUCCCCUGGGAGAUGCCCGUCGAAACCGACCAGGACUAUCUGGCCUUUGUGAAAGGCUGGCGAGAGUUCAUGAGGGCCAAUCCGAACGGCGUCAUCACUGAGCACUGCUACCCCCGUUGUGGCCCGAUCUCCGACCCCCGACAUUAUCCAAACAUCCAGCUGAUGGUGCUCAUUCUCAAGAUGUUGAACCCUCAUCCCGGUCACCGCAUCAGCAUCCAUAAAGCCUUGAGAGACCCUUUCGUCAGAAACAUCGAGUGCUGCUCUCCGGCAUACAUUCGGAACGCUCCUCCCCUUCAUCCCCCGACUAUCAAACACGACCAUCGAGCUUGUCCUGCUCUUCCUGCUCCUCCUCGCUCCAUAAUGGGGCGUCGGGGUCGUACCUAA